AUGACGGCGGCGUUUGCAAACGGGGUGGUGCUCGUGUUUAUCGUGCAUAAUGUAUUUGUUCAGAACUUUAAAUGGUCGAUGUCUACGUGUCUAGCAUACGCAGGCACACUUGGUUGCAUCAUCACAGGAAGUUUUUCCGUAAUCAAGAUUGUGUCGCAAAAAAGCCCACUUCCAGUUGCACAACAUUCGCUUGUGACGCUUGGGACGUAUGGAAGUCAGCACUUUGACGUAUUUUUGUCCGUCUGUCAGAAAAACGUUUACGAGGAAAGAUGGGCUAUUCUGGUGGAAUAUUUAGUGAUAUACGUACCCGUCAUGGUCACCGUGCUGGUUGCUCUUUGCAGGAACAGGACAAAACAAACGGAAGUCACCAUCACAGAGCUUAAGAUUCUCUCAAACAAGGAGUGCAACGUUUCAGUGUUUAACUGUAAUUAUGUUAAAUUGAACUCAGCCAUGGUUGCCGUUCUUUUAUACAUUACUAUUGUCUUACUCAUAGUACGUCCAGGAUACAUUCUGUUUGCGCACGUAACUUCGGGUUACUUCUGA